AGCCAGCUUGGCUCAAGCCUUUCCAGCUCCAUCCAUGCAUCCGUGACAGCAUAUCCAUUGCCCAGGGGGCCAACGCGCGUGGGGGAUGGCGCCGCGCCCAAGGGCGCGCGCCCGCGCCUGGCUGCCAGUCGCGCUGCUCCCAGGGUCGCUGGCGCUGGCGCUGCAGGAGACACGGGGCCAGCAGGCCGACUCGCACCGACGGACAGCAGAGAGGGUGGAGCAGCUGCUGUCCGGCUGGGACGAGUCGCAGCGCAGCGCGGAGGGGGGGCGGUCCGCCUGGGACGUGUUCACGGAGCUGCGGAGCCUGGGCUCCGCGGGCGCGAGCUCGCCCGACGCCGUCGCGGGCAUCUCGGAGGACCCCGAGACCGGCGUGUGGCGCAAGGUCAGGAGGGCGGCGGCCCCAGAGGCGCCGGCGGGCGGGGGGGCCGCGCCGAGGGCCACGGCGGGCCUGGUCGCAGCGGGGGCGCCCGCGGGGGAGGCCGGCGUCCAGGAGCUGCCGACGCCGGGCAUGUCCGAGCUCGAGUACGAGCGGUUCGCCAGCGGCAUUCUGGAGAGAGAGAUCUCGAUGCUCUCCGACUCGCAGAAGGGCAGGCUGGAGGCGAUCCGCAACGGGUCGAUCACCAAGAAGGAGGUGGAGAUAGUCGUCUCCCACUUCGACGAGCACGUCGGCUGGAUGGACAUGUACGAGGGGCUGACGACGUCCUACUGCAAGGGGGACAUUGCCCUCCGCUACCCCCAGCGACCGAACAAGUGCGCAAGCCUCCCCAACGUUGGCCGCGAGGGGCACACUUUCCUUAACCACAUCAUCCAGAACUACGACAGGCUUGCCGACUGGACGGUGUUCACACAGGCGCAGGCGCCAACAGCCGGCUGGAGCGGCAGGGAGGGCGACCACCGCAACGGCCACAUCUACCCGGGGGCAUCGUUCCACGACUACGUGCUGGGCGGAGGGCCCUUCGGCGGGGACGGCGGGGACAACAGCGGCGGGCGCUUCGUCUUUAACGGCCACUGGAAGCCCCCCAAGGUCGGAGCGCCAGGCUGGGAGAAGAUCCACAUGGCGUUCGCGGGGAACUACUACUCCAACGUGGGGGGGGCCACAGCGCGCCUGAGUUCCACGUGCCUGCCGCUGCAGGGCCAGCAGAGCGACCUGGACCUGGGCACCCCCGAGGUCAUGCUGGCCCUGCUGGCCUUCAUCGACUUCCUGGGCGAGGGCCACGAGAGGAAGCUCUACUCCCAGGGCGCGCGCUUCGCGCUGUCCCGCGAGAAGAUCCGGCAGCGCCCGAAGGACUUCUACGAGACCCUUCGCAGCAUAGUGAACCGCGACGUGUUCCCCAUGUCCAGCGUGUUCCUUGAACUCCUGUGGUACUACAUUCCUGGACAGCCUGGCAAGGGGAUGCCCUGCAAGCAGGACCCGCCGAUCGCGUGCCCGGUCGGAUUCGAACAGCUCGGCCUGUACCACGACGAAACGGUCAUCGGUAGAACGCAACUCAUACCCGGCGUAUCAAUGGCGGAGUGCGCGGAGCAAUGCUGGUCAGAGUGUGGGGCUUUCGAGUACAACGCGGGCGAACAGUUCUGCGUGCACCUGGACCCGAACGCUUCCACCACCGACGCGCAGUCUGGCCUGUGGCCUGGGACCCUGACGUGCAAACGGGUGACAGACCGGUGAGUUUCGCAUGGGGGAAAAGGGCGUUGAGUCAAGGGAGGAAAGACCACCUGGACUGGACAUUUAUGUCUGGGUCGUGCUUUCUCCUUCGACUCGGACCCGUCCCCCCCGUGGCGGCAGACCGGCGAGUCGCCCACGGUCGCUCGAGCCGCCCUGGAGGCGGAGGAGGCCGAGCCACAGGGCGGGGCCGCGCGCCGCGCCGCGCCGCGCGGGGCAGCAGCCGGCUUCCGGGCGCGAGCGCGGAGUGGCGCGGACCCGUCCUGGGAAAAAAAGGCGCGGACCCGGACAGGCCUCGGGAAG